AUGUCUCAAGGCUGCUCGUGGAUGUGUCUCAAGGCUGCACGCGGAUGUGUCUCAAGGCUGCUCGUGGAUGUGUCUCAGAGCUGUUCGCGGAUGUCUCUCAAGGCUGCUCGAGGAUGUGUCUCAAGGCUGCUCGUGGAUGUGUCUCAGAGCUGCUCGCUGAUGUGUCUCAAGGCUGCUCGCGGAUGUGUCUCAGAGCUGCUCGCGGAUGUGUCUCAAGGCUGCUCCAGGAUGUGUCUCAAGGCUGCUCGUGGAUGUGUCUCAAAACUGCUAGCGGAUGUGUCUCAAGGCUGCUCGCGGAUGUGUCUCAAGGCUGCUCGUGGAUGUGUCUCAAGACUGCUCGCGGAUGUGUCUCGGGGCUGCUCGCGGAUGUGUCUCAAGACUGCUCGCGGAUGUGUCUCAAGGCUGCUCGUGGAUGUGUCUCAAGACUGCUCGCGGAUGUGUCUCAAGGCUGCUCGCGGAUGUGUCUCAAGGCUGCUCGUGAAUGUGUCUCAAGACUGCUCGCGGAUGUGUCUCGGGGCUGCUCGCGGAUGUGUCUCAAGACUGCUCGCGGAUGUGUCUCGGGGCUGCUCGCGGAUGUGUCUCAAGACUGCUCGCGGAUGUGUCUCGGGGCUGCUCGCGGAUGUGUCUCAAGACUGCUCGCGGAUGUGUCUCAAGACUGCUCGCGGAUGUGUCUCAAGACUGCUCGCGGAUGUGUCUCAGGACUGCUCGCGGAUGUGUCUCAGGGCUGCUCGCGGAUGUGUCUCAGAGCUGCUCGCGGAUGUGUCUCAAGGCUGCUCGCGGAUGUGUCUUGCAGGAGGCCGGGCUUCUCGUCAAGGAUGUGGCGGUGUUCUUGCUAGACAUCAUCAUCUUCCUCUUCGUCUGUGUCUUGCUGCACGUAGACAUGAUCUGCCGGUCGUAGAGGACCGGAGUGGAGGCCGGCUCCGUGACCAAGUGCCGUAG